AUGGACCACCCGCAAACCCCGCGCAUCCUCGCGACCCACCUGUCCAACUUCCAACACCGCAUCGUCCGCGUCCUGGGUAAAGUCGUGCAACUACGAGGGGAAACGGCGGUCAUCGAUGCUGGAGGCAACAUUGACGUUUUACUUAAUCGCGACUCACAUCUUGCCGUUGGCCACGCGGUGGAGAUCAUUGGGAAAGUGGAUCAGAAGCUGCAAAUCAAGGUUCAAGCUGCGACGGACUUUGGCACGAACAUCGACUUCAAUGCUGCGAAUGCAGUGGUAGAGGCUACGCAUCGGUACAAGGAGAUCUUCUACGAUGGGGAAUGA